AUGGCACCCUCCAUCGUGCAUCUGCCCAAUGGCCACAAUUUGUCCGUGACGCCUGUAUUCGGUGGUCUCUACUUCAAGUCUGUUGAUGCUCACAACCAUCACAACAUCUUCCCUCCUGGUUGGACUAUCACCAUUGAAAGCGAGACUCCCGCUACUCCCAGCACCGAUGACACUCCAAGAUAUCGCGUUCACAGCUACAAACGGCCCUCUCUUCAAGCCGAUCAUUUAUUCAUCUCUAGCAUCUCCAACCCGCCUAAUGAGCACACUCCUUCACAAUUUCCUGCAUCCUCUCCUACUCGCCAAAUUGCCAUGAUGCUAUGGGCCACCUUGUACUGGUAUUUUCAUCAAUCUGAACCUGANUCAAAGAUCACCAAUCCCACGUCUCAGGGGACCGUCGAAGUAGGAAGGCCCAGGGGUGAAUGGCGUGUCAACAUUAACCGCGAAGGUGUCUUCAGAGGCAAGCAGUUGAUGCAGAAGUUGGAGCGCAUGGGUUUGAUUGCAACCGAGGACUCUGCUGUUGGAACCUCCAUGGACCCCAAUACUCCUGAGGGGUGGUCUACCAUGUUUGUGUCUCGCCGUCAUUUCUGGCAGCUCGACCCUCGUAUCUAUCUCUUCACCAGCAAUCCUCAGGUCAACUCUGCCUUUGUCUCACACACUCACGUCGACUCGAGACCAGAUUCUCCUGCACUUGGCGUAUCUAGCAGCCGACCCGAUUCGAUCGUUGAUAACGCUGGUCCAGUCAUUCCUACUGGUGGGAACAAUGGCUUGUGGGCGCCUCCCGGCCAGUUCAAAUCGUCCUCGCACAUGCCUACCUAUUAUCCGCCUGCUCCAACCCAGUAUAUCUUCACUGACAAUGUUCGCCACCCCGUUCGCCCUAAGCCUCCUCGACAGGGCGAAACCUUCUAUACGAGAUACAUUCCCAGUCUUGGCGAGUAUCUCUCGUUCCGUGUUGCGUCCUUGUCCAAGCGUCCUGUGCAACACAUUGGGCCAGUGUCGGAUCCAGCUCCUGGGGCUUCUGAGAUUCGCACUCGCGCAAGUGCUAGUGACUCGCACGUUCCAACCAUUGGCACUAUGGACCACGAACUGAGUGAUACUGAAAUUCUUCAUAAAUGGAUGAACGACGAGCGCGUCGCGUACUCGUGGGGCGAGCAAGGCCCUAUAUCCCACCAAGAAGAAUUCUUGAAGGCCGGCUUGACUAACAAGCACUCCAUCCCAGUGAUUGGUUGUUUCAACGGCAAACCAUUUGGAUAUUUCGAGAUCUACUGGGUCAAAGAAGAUCGACUGGGCUCCUACCUGGGCUAUCAGGUGUCGGACUAUGAUCGUGGACUGCAUCUCCUGGUUGGUGAGCAAAGCUUCAGGGGCCCUCAUCGUGUCAAGGUUUGGUUGAGCGCGUUGAUCCAUUACUGUUUCCUCGCCGAUCCUAGAACCGAGACAGUCAUGUUGGAACCAAGAGUCGACAAUGCNAAACAGUAUUGCGAGGAAGUCGGCUUCUUCAAGGAGCGGGAGAUCAGCUUCCCGCACAAGCAGUCGAACCUGAUGAAGAUCCGGCGUGAGGCUUGGGACGCUCCAGCCGUUUAG